CAACCCCGGCCGAGGAGCCGUCGAGAGCUCGGCGUUGAGGCGGCGCGUGCGCGGAAAGAGCGAGAGCGAGAAAGAGCGAGCGAGCGACGGCGAGCGAACUGCCUCAGUAGCCGCCGCGGCGCCUCCUCGGCCGCGCAUGCGCGGAGCGAGGAAAGUGGGCGGCGCGGGGCCCCGGCGGCGGCGGCGGCGACGGCGCGGUAGGCCCGGCAGGACAAUGGCGGCGGCCUCGGCCUCCGUAACGGCGGCCUCGAGUCCCGUGUCGGGGCCUGGAACCGUCGUCGGAGGCAGCGGGCCCGGUUCGGCUUCUUCUUCUUCGUCGUCGUCGUCGUUUUCCUCCGCCGGCCCUUUGUCGCUUUCCCGCCGGAAAGACGGAGGCCCCGCCGGGAAAUUUUGGGAAAGCUCCGAUACAGCUUCGCAAUUGGAAGCCGCCCGGGCUUGGCUGGCUAAGCAUUACAAGAAGUAUGUCCAGGCCGACGCACCGACCAAUAAAACCCUGGCCGGGCUGGUGUCCCAAUUGCUGCAGUUCCAGGAAGAUGCCUUCGGAAAACAUGUGGCCAAUCCCGCCUUCACCAAGUUUCCGGCCAAGUGUUUCCUGGAUUUCAAAGCCGGAGGGACCUUGUGUUACAUCCUUGGGGCCGCUUACAAGUACAAGAACGAGCAAGGGUGGAGGCGAUUCGACUUGCAAAACCCUUCACGGAUGGACCGAAACGUGGAAAUGUUCAUGAACAUUGAGAAAACAUUAGUGCAGAAUAACUGUCUGAGCAGACCAAGCAUCUACCUCAUUCCGGACAUUGAGCUGAAAGUGGCUAACAAGCUCAAAGACAUUGUCAAACGCCAUCAGGGGACGGUCACGGAUGACAAGUCGAAGGCCACACAUCAUAUAUACCCUGUUCCUACCUCACUGGAUGAAGAUGAGUGGCUGAGACCGGUGAUGAGAAAAGACAAGCAAGUCCUGGUGCAUUGGGGUUAUUACCCAGACAGAUUCACUGAACAGCCGUUCAAUCUGAAGAAGGACAGCGAAAACACACCAGUCAAAGGAGGUACCGUCGCAGAUCUUGAUGAACAAGAUGAUGAGACGAUGACGGCCGGAGCGAAGGAAGAUGAAGACCCCAACAAAGGGGACCAGGGACGGUCCCUCGAUGCCGGAGAAGACAACGUCACCGAACAGACCAACCACAUCAUAAUCCCCAGCUAUGCCUCCUGGUUCGACUACAAUUGCAUCCAUGUCAUCGAACGCCGGGCGCUUCCCGAAUUUUUUAACGGGAAAAACAAAUCCAAGACUCCAGAAAUAUACUUAGCUUACCGCAAUUUCAUGAUCGACACCUACCGGUUGAACCCUCAGGAAUAUUUGACCAGCACGGCCUGUCGAAGAAACUUAACUGGGGACGUUUGUGCCGUGAUGAGGGUCCACGCCUUUCUGGAGCAGUGGGGCCUGAUCAAUUACCAAGUGGAUCCGGAAAGCCGGCCGAUGGCCAUGGGACCACCGCCCACCCCCCACUUCAACGUGCUGGCCGACACCCCAUCAGGACUCAUGCCGCUCCACCUACGCACCCCUCAGAUUCCUGCUUCCCAACAAAUGCUGACCUUCCCGGAGAAAAACAAGGAGAAACCGAUGGAUCUGCAGAAUUUUGGCCUCCGCACGGACAUCUACUCCAAGAAAACUUUAGCCAAGAGUAAAAGCGCCAACGCUGGCCGAGAAUGGACAGAACAAGAGACUCUGCUUCUACUUGAGGCAUUGGAGAUGUACAAGGACGACUGGAAUAAAGUCUCCGAGCACGUCGGGAGUCGAACCCAGGAUGAGUGCAUCCUCCAUUUCCUUAGACUCCCCAUUGAAGACCCUUACCUGGAGAACUCGGAUGCCUCCCUUGGACCCCUGGCCUACCAGCCCGUCCCCUUCAGCCAAUCCGGCAAUCCGGUCAUGAGCACCGUGGCCUUCCUGGCCUCAGUGGUGGAUCCACGGGUGGCUUCGGCCGCUGCCAAAGCCGCUUUAGAGGAAUUUUCCCGCGUCCGAGAAGAAGUCCCUCUGGAGCUGGUGGAGGCCCACAUCAGGAAGGUCCAAGAAGCGGCUCGUGUUUCAGGGAAAGUAGACCCCACUUACGGGCUCGAGAGCAGCUGCAUUGCCGGGACGGCCCCCGAUGAGCCGGAGAAAAUGGAUGGAGCUCAGGAGGACAAGAUGGAGACCGACAUGGACGACGCCCAGGCAGACAAAGUUAAGGUUGAAACCAAAGGAGAGAAUGAAAUUGACCCCAACAAGUUACCGGAAGGAGACGAGGAGAGAAUCACCGAAAAAGAACAAGAUAGUGAUGUGUCUCAAGAUUCAAAACAAGACGACAAGGACGCCGACGAGGCCGACAAGGAGAACUUCGAUGGCGGCAAAGAGAAGGACGGCGGUGGGGGCGGGAAGCGCCGUGUCGAGCCCGAACUCUCCGAAGGGAACGUCGCUACAGCCGCAGCUGCCGCUUUGGCGUCGGCUGCCACCAAAGCCAAGCAUCUGGCCGCCGUCGAGGAACGGAAGAUCAAAUCUCUGGUGGCUCUCCUGGUGGAAACGCAGAUGAAAAAGCUAGAGAUCAAACUUCGUCAUUUUGAAGAGCUGGAAACAAUCAUGGACCGAGAGAAAGAGGCGGAGGCGGCUGGCCACUCGGCGGUGGUGCUGCUUGGAGGCGAGGCGGCCGCGGAUGAUGGGGCGGCGGCGAAGGAGCUAAUCGGCGGCGUGGAAGGGCAGGCAGGGAUGGGGGCGCCCCCGGCGGCUCCCCGGCUGGCCCUCCUGGCUUUGCUGCUGGCGGGUCAAAGCCGCCGGAAGCCGUUAAUCCACUUGGUCGUCCGGCCAGGAGGUCAGAAACUGCAGUCAGAAAUGGAUUCCUGGAUCCCCAUGGGGAGAUCCUGA